AUUCACAUGCAUUUGUUCUCUUCCAUUGUAUACUUCCUCAACUACACUCCUCUCCCCAUCUCAUCCCUCUCUACGCAACCUCAUCCCCAUUGCUGGCCAGCUACACAGCUCACCUCAUGGCCGCAAUGGCGAGCUCGAGAGCUCCCCUCAGGGCGAUGGUGGUGCUGGUGGUUUUGGUGUUCGGCGGCGGCGCCGAGGCCGGGUUUCUUUCCAGGUCCAAAAACAUUACCGUGGUCGGCUCCGUCUACUGCGACGCCUGCUCCAACAACACCUUCUCCAAGCACAGCUUCUUCCUCAUAGGCGCGAGGGUGCUGAUCAAGUGCAGCUUCAAGGUGAACAACUCCACGAGCGUGGCGCCGGAGGAGAUCUCCCUGGAGGCGGAGCGCACCACGGACCAGCACGGCGUGUACAAGCUGGACGUGCCCCCCGUGGACGGCUUCGAGUGCCGGGAGGGCCACGAGCUCCGCUCCGCGUGCCGCGCCACGCUCGUCCGGAGCUCCUCCUCCGCCUGCAACGUCCCGGGCCUACGCGGCUCCACGCAGCACAUCGCGCUCCGGGGCUCCCACGGCGCCGCCAGCGCCGCCGCGUGCUUCCUCAACCUCAACGCGCUCAACUUCCGCCCCGCCAAGCGGGACGGCGCGCUCUGUCAUGGCGGCGGUGGCUCCAACGGCGACGCGUUCGAGUCGUCGCUCUUCUUCUGGCCGUUCCUGCCGCUCUUCUGGCCGGCGCCGUUCGGGUUCCCGUUCCCUCCCGCUACGGGCGGCGGCGGGAGCGCCGGAGGCACGGUGUCAUUCCCGUGGCCGUUCCACGUGCCGGAGUGGCUGGUGCCGUUUCUGCAGCCACCGUUCUUGCCGUUCCCGCUGUACAAGCCGGCGCCGGUGUCGUCAGCACCGCCCCCGUUCGAACGUUUCCCGCCUCCACAACGAACGGCGGCUCGGCCGUGAACCGGCCGGCCGGCUUCGGAAGAUUUCAGCAUUCUUGCCAAGAUCGUGCGUAGAUUUGGCUUCACUGCUUGUGACUUUAGAUGGCCUCUGCGUGGUGUAAUUGGAGUUAGUCCAUGUGUUCAUUGAGGAUGUAGUGGUAACUCGUAACCAUGAUUAUUAGCUUCCUUUUUCUUUUCA